UCCUGGGCCGCUAGGGGCGCACCGCUGAGAAACAUCAAAAGCCGCUUCAGUUUGGCAGUCUGGAAAAGAUCUUCCAGCUGAAAUCAAGGAGAUUGCCACAGCCACCCCAACCUUCAGCAAGCAUCAUCCUGAUGAGUCAGCAGCCAUCAAGGCUGCCCACCAGCAAGAGAAAAAAUUACAACUUACUGAAGGCUCAGACUUCAAAAAGUCCAAUGUUGAAGCAGUUCUGAAUUGAGAUCUCAUAAUUCCCAAGGACAUAGGUAUGUUUUCCCCGACCUUUUUAAAAAGCAGUAUUCUUCACACUGUAGGUAGAAAUAACGGGUUCGUCUAAAAAAAAAAGAGGCUCGGAAGUAGGUAUAUAAAAAGACUCUUCAUUCAAUUUCCCCCAACCUCCUCUGCUACAUUUCACAAGAAUAGAGACAGAAGUUUCCCAUAAGUAAUUCUGGGUUACCUUUAAUUAGACAGCCAUUGCCAUAGUCAUUGCUAGAUGGGGUGUUGCUACCAACUGGUGUUAACAAAACCUGGGAAAUAACUUCACACGAUUGGCCUACAGUUUAAUAAAAAGAUUGAUUAAUUAGCUUCUAUGGAGCACCUGCUAGAGGUCACACACUGGCUGAAUUUUCUUAUAUUUUAUCUUACUUUAUCUUCUGUCUAUAAAGGAAGAUUGACUUGCCUACAGUCCCACAGCAAGUAAGCAUUAAAGCUCUUAUUCUAACUCAACUGCUGAGAUUCUAAUUCACUCAUCCACUUGACAAAUAGUUGAGUCUACUGUGUGGCUGCCUCGAGUGUAGGUAGUGGAUAAUAAUGCACAAAACACUGACAAACAAUAUAGGCCUUGUCUCUUCCCUUAUGGAAUUUAUUCCAUUGAGAAUCUUCUUUAGAACUCCCCAAACAGGGCUGUUAUGACUGGGGGUGAUGCUUCAAACCCCUUUAGAAGCAAUUUUGAUGGAACUUUUUAUUUCCAAGCUAUCUUAAUGGCUUAGACUUCUCCUUAUCUCUUUAUAACAAUAAUAAUUUCUUAAAUUUUAAUGCUUUUUCAGUUUUUGACUUAAUAUUUCAACCUUAGGUAUUUCAGUAUUCAACCUUAGAUAUUUUAAAGAUAUUUUUUCUCUUUCAAGACUCCUUCUGAUAUUUAUUUUAGGCCCAUGCAGAAAAGCCUGGGUUUUGCAGGACUUGAGUGGGAGGAGAUAUAGCGGCGGCAGUGGCAGGAUUUGGAUUCAGGCCUUGCAGCCUCCCAGGGUUGGUGCUGGGUAAAUGAGGCCUUUUCUCUCAGCACUGACUCCAGAUUUCUCCUUGCUGCACUGGAUCUCAACACAUUUAUUAACAGAGACUGCAAUGCGUAAUAGAAAGGGUUGCCCAUCAAGGGAACACAGAAAGAAGUACCUUGAAGAUUAAUUGCUGAUAGAUGAAGAUGGCAGUCAGCGGCAGUUCAAUAUGGUGUGUGGGGGGUGUGUAAUGGCUUUUAAAAACUGAACCUACAGCUUAAGUGAAUAGACUCCUGUGGUCAAUAUUAACCAAGGAAAUUGAUCUAAUAAGCAUUCGAGAAGAUAUUUUGGAAAAAUAUUCAGAAUCCACCCUAAGUCAGCUGAAUUUUAUUCUUGCAGUUUUUCCAGGUUUUCAUCCUACCUUGUGUCUAGGAAAAGGUUGGUUUACGAUAUGGGAGGGCUAAUAUCUCUUUAGUCAAAGGACCACAGUACUUAGCAAGCAGUUAUCCCUUCCUGGGGUCCCUCUGCCAAUAAGCAGCAAUAUUUGGCCAGAGUUCUAGAAUUUAAACCAGUCACUUCACUUCACUGAGCCUCAGUUUCUUCAUGUCUAUACCUGCUGUCUCUCUCUCUCUAUCUAUCUAGUCAUGCAAUAAUUAAGAAGUGAAUGCAAAAAGAGUUUUAUAAACUUUAGAACCACUGUUUUUUAUAAACUCGAAAACAGCGGUUCUCAAUCAGGGGAAUGUUACCCUUCAGGGGACAUUUGGCAACAUCUGGAGACGUUUUUGACUGUUACAAAUGAGAGGUAGUGGUGUUACUGGAAUCUAAUGAGUACAAAGAGGCCAGGGAAACUGCUAAAUAUCUUACAAUGCACAGGACAGCACUCCUUCUUGCCCACCACACCCUGAACCAAAGAACUGUCUAGCUCAUAAUGUCAGUAGUGCUGAGGCUGAAAAAUCAGGCUCUGGAAUUGUACAGAUUUUACAGUUAAGUAGUUAUGUGACCUCAAGGGGCACCACAUCCUUCCGUUUCCAAAUAUGUAAGAUCAGAACACUGCCUGUCAUAGAUUACAGGAUAUUGUGUCUGCUAAAAUUAGAGAGUAUACGCACAUGUCAGAAGCCAAAAGAAAAGUCAAAAAGCCUGGAUAAAUAUAAUGGAAAGUGCUACUGGUCAGAAAGUCAAUUGGUACAUUACUGGAUAGUAAUGUACCAAGCUGACUGAGCCAGUUCUUAUGAAACUAGCCACAUCGUGUGUGUGUAGUGGUCAUCCAGAAAUGACAAGCUACCUUACCCCCUUCUUUUUGUGUCACCAAUCGAAUGGCUGCUGUUACUCUUCAAGGUAAGCUAAAGUCCAGCAGAGUUGAAGCAUCUUUCUCCUUUAAUUCCUGUUUUCUCCUUUUUCCUCCUCUCUUCUAACAUUUUCUCCCUCAUUUCUUCUGAGCCUGCUCCCACUCACUCUGCUACUAGGAGUGGGGAAAGCCUGUGAACACCUGAGGUUGAGGAACAAAAAUAGGAGAGAAAGAGUGCUCUCAAAUGAGGACACAAGCCUGUCUCCAGGCCUGACCAUCUGCAAACUCACUGUUACUCCUGAAUGUUUUUCAUACGACAAGUCUAAGCUAAUAUUUUGGCCCAAAGCACAAGCCUGGUAGACAAGAGGACAAUAGGUGGUUUGUUGUGGAAUUAAAGAGCGUGAAAAAUGUUUCUAUACUUUCCUAUUGAUGUUCCGUUCGAUUCACCAAAUAUUUAUAUAUGUGUGUGAGGGGCCAUGAUAAGGUGGGUGGACCAGAGAGGAUGAAGACAGUUACCGUCCCAAGGGGCUUAGAGCUAGGCGAAGAGUGAGUGGUUGCCCAACUAAUUGUACAAUAAUCAGCUAAGACUCAAGUGCUUUGAGGAGGCAGAGAAAGGAGGACUUAACUGUAAUUAGGGUCUACAACAGACUUCUGAUAAGGGGUGAAAAAAGACAUAUGCAUAUACACAGAUACACAAAAACAUUUGUAUAUAUCAAAUUUGUAGUUCCAUAUUAAAUAUGUAUAUAAAUACAUCCUCAUAUUUAAAUAUACCAUACUCCCUUUCAGUUGAACUACUGUUGAGGGAUUAAUUUAUAAAGGCUUCAAAAGUUGUGGUUAAGAUCUUUGGAUUUAGUAUCAAACAGACCUUGAGGGCACCACCACCUUGUUCUGCCAACACCUUGAUUUUGCCCCAGUGAAACUGAUUUGAGACUUCUGGCCUCCUGAACUUUGAGAGAAUAAACUUGUGUUGUUUUAAGGAAAAAUAAAUUUAGAAAAUCUUUAGUGAGGCUAUAUUAUUGGAAGUAGAAUGUGGAAGACAUUGAGUGAUGGAUGUUUUUAUUUUUAAUAAUUAAAUGCAUACAAUCUUAUAUUCAUAUCAUAAUUUGUAUUUAUAUCAUGUAAAUAUGUUAAAGAAUUCAAGAUGAAUGUAUGGACUUUGGAUUCAGAAAUAUAAAGGGGUGAACUUUGAUUGUGACUGUUAAAUAGACUAUCUUGCUCAAUAUUCAGCUCCCUGAGCCUUAACUUUCUUGUCUGUAAGAUGGUCAUAAUAGCACCUAUCUCAUAUGAAUUAAAAGCUAUAAUAUAACAGAGGGUUCUAGCAUGAGUCUUACACACAGUACGUUCUCUCUAUACAUUAGUUUUCUCCUUUUUUAUCAUCCCAUCAUCCCUUGUCAUACUUUCAUUUGAAUUUGGUUGAUGCCUCUUCUUUAAUCACCAGGCUAAUUCAAGUUGACCACAAUGGAGAAUAGAACAGAAGUGACAGAGUUUAUCCUCUUGGGAUUAACAGAUGACCCCAAUCUUCAGAUACUCCUCCUCCUGGCAUUUUUAUUCAUCUACCUCAUAACCCUGCUUGGGAAUGGAGGAAUGAUGGUGAUCAUCCACUCAGACUCCCAUCUCCACACUCCAAUGUACUUUUUCCUCAGUAACCUCUCCUUUGUAGACUUGGGUUACUCAUCAGCUGUAACCCCCAAAACAGUGGCUGCAUUGCAGUCAGGGGACAAGGCCAUCUCCUACAAUGGAUGUGCAGCUCAGUUCUUCUUCUUUGUGGGGUUUGCCACUGUUGAGUGCUACCUCCUGGCCUCCAUGGCCUAUGACCGCCAUACGGCGGUAUGUAGGCCUCUUCAUUACACCACCACCAUGACAGCAGGUGUGUGUGCUCUCCUUGCUACUGGUUCCUAUGUCUCUGGCUUCCUCAAUGCCUCUAUCCAUGCAGCAGGCACCUUCAGACUCUCCUUCUGUGGUUCUAAUGAGAUUAAUCAUUUCUUCUGUGACAUUCCCCCACUCCUGGCUCUCUCAUGCUCUGACACGCGCAUCAGCAAGUUGGUGGUCUUCUUUGUGGUGGGCUUCAACGUCUUUUUCACCCUCCUGGUCAUCCUCAUUUCUUACUUCUUCAUAUGCAUCACCAUUCAAAGGAUGCGUUCUGCUGAAGGGCGGAAGAAAGUCUUCUCCACCUGUGCUUCCCAUCUCACUGCUGUGUCCAUCUUCUAUGGCACAAUCAUCUUCAUGUACUUACAGCCCAACUCCAGCCAGUCCAUGGACACAGACAAAAUAGCCUCUGUGUUUUACACAGUGGUGAUUCCCAUGCUGAAUCCCUUGAUCUACAGCCUUAGGAACAAAGAAGUGAAAAGUGCCCUCUGGAAAAUACUCAACAAACUUUACCCCCAAUAUUAAGUGUGAAUGGGAAGUAGGCAAGCAAUUAAGGGAUAAACUUUCUCUCACACCUAAAUGCCAUCAUGACUUUUAAUGUUUGGCUGGUUUCAGUUGUUUCUUCCCCAAGAACAGCGGUUACUUCUGCUAUUAGAAGAUGUAAAAAGCAGCACGUUGAAAAGUCUUACUUAGAAAGAUAAUAGUAUAUUUAGUGAACAGCAGCAUGGGACAGUUGAGCUUUUCUUGCUUUAGUUUCUUGAUGUGUUUUAAAGCAGAAGAUUGAAGGAUAUAACUGAAUGUACUGAAUUUUCCUCAUCCUAUUUUUAAUUGUAAGGAUUUUUCAUUCACUAUUAAACUUGGUAUAAAGAUUUCGCCUUCAUUUGUAAUAUUGAUCAACUGAACAUGCAGUAUUGUUUUUUAUUCCUUUGUUCUGUGAGUUUGAAAGUUGGACUUCCUAUUGUAGACAAAGGAUGGUUCAAUAUUUUAAAUGAUAUUUCAGAGGAAGUUGUAAUUUAAAGGACAAGGCACUAGAUCGAGUCAGGUGACUGAAGAUUACAUCUUUCCAACUCUCUACUCUCCCUUCUCUACCCAUAUUCCUACCCUACUUGCUAGUCAUGUGCCUUUGCAAUUUCCAUUCCCUUUCGCUAAAGCAUUGGGGAAACAAUACACCUUGUUGUAUACGUAAGUAUGGAAAUGCUUUAAUAGAUGAAUUAGUUAAAUUUGAACCUGACUAAAUAUAACUUCCUUCGGAGAGCCUACACUAUCUUCUAUGUUUCUUGUCUCUGUCUAACAUAAUUACCAAAAUUUCCAGAAGGUUUAGAGAAAAAAAACAAUUUUCCCUAGAGCUCUAAAAAAAUAUAUUUGUUUUCUGAAUCAAACGCUUGCAUUUCUUAGCACCCUUAAGUUUGGCGAAUCUAUUAUGAAGAUGCGUAAUAGCUUUCUGGAUUGUCUUUGCUUUUAUUUUUUCAAUAAUUCAGCUCACCUCUGGGUCUCCAUUGCAUUCCAGUGUUCUGUAAUUAGAUGCUACAAGAAUAAAAAAGCCUGCCUGGAAAUUUACUUCUUAGGAACAGCACGAUGACGCACAGUGCUAGUCCACCUUCAGGACUUGUUUCAUGUGCUAAAUGGUGUGAGCGAAUUUGUGUGCGUGGGAGGGGAGUGGUGAUUAAUUUCACUUUUCACAUAUCAACUGCUUGAUGGUGUUUAUAACUGCCAUUAAUCUAAGUCACCACAAUAGGUCAUGAUUUCAAAGUCUCCCCAAAAAAACCCACAAAUUAAUUUUAACUUUAUAGAUGAAAACCAGAAAUCUUGGUUGGCUAACUCAGUUGGCUUAAAAUGCCAAUUUAGUUUUGAGAUUAUUGGGCUCCAUUAUGUACAGGGCAGCCUCUGUCUGAGGAGGAUAAAAUCAUAAGCCUUCCAGGGAAAAUUGCAAAGAAGGAGUUAUGGAACAUGAGAAACACGAGAAUAUCUUUCUCUAGCACACGGUUGCCAUCACCUGAAAAGAUCAGGAGCUUCUGAGCCUAAGGCCUGGACAACCUAUACUUCCCCCAUUCAGCCCCCUCCCUCCCCUCUUCUUUAGCAAUGAGGCCCAUCCAGCAACACGCGAAGAAGAACAGCCUUUACAGGCCAGGAUCCACUGUAUAUGGGAAUCUUUCUCAUUGAAAGCUACAGAGCUCGAGAGUAUCUGCAUUUGGAGAAGAGCCUAGGAAGUAGCUGUCCAAGCACUGAGUGCAUUCCAAUCUCACCUACACAUUUUCCCUACUUGAUAUAAUUGACUUUUUUCCCUCCUCUUCCUGCUCCUCCUUCUUUACUUCCUUUUAUCCUUCUCCUCUUUUUCCUUCCCAUCUUCUUUCUAUGCCCAGCCCAAGCAGGAACUUUCCUCACCACUAGGCCAUUUAGAUCUCUAAAAAAAAAUUAAAAUCUAGAGUCUAUAUAUGAUAACUAUUACAGUAUAUAUUAACAUGUGUAUCUGGGCAUGUUUCUUUCUUUUAUAAUUUUAAUUUUUAUUUCAUUAGUUUUGGGGGGUACAGGUUGUUUUUGGUUACAGGCAUAAAUCAUUUAGUGGUGGUUUCUGAGAUUUUAGUGUGCCCAGCACCCGAGCAGUGUGCCCAAUAUAUAGUCUUUUAUUCCUCACCUCUCUCCCAACCUUCCCCCAUCGAGACCCCAAAGUCUAUUUUAUCAUUUUCAUGGACACAUUUCUUUAUGCCUCUAUACCUCAGUUUAGCAGGAAAAUGUGGGUCUCCUAAGAGUUAAGGGCCCAAUGUCUACAUAUUUAUAUUUUAUGUUGAAAUCACCUCAAACAAGUGUUCCAUCUGACUGUAAAUAGGUAUAAAAGAGUACUAUCAAAAGCUGGAUGAAAAUUCUAACUGUUCUUGUCAGUUGUAUGACCUCAAGAAAGUCAUUUAGUCUCACCGAACCCAAUGUACAGGAUAAAGUGUGAGGGUAAUAUGAUAUUAAGUAUGUGAAUGUGCCCAUCAUAAUGAACGUGUAUUUCAUACCGUUGAGAUUCCUAUACUAGCUCUUUCUUCACUUAGCUGUCCCUGGACUUCUCAUGUUGGCUCUUGAGAUGCCUGAGCAAAAAUGGGAAGUCCAAGGACAGCCAGGUGAAGCUCGUCCCAUCCAAGUCCAAGCUUUUAUUUUCAUUCCUUGUUUAACUUUCUGCCCUCCAAGUUCCCAGCUCUACAUUUCAAACUGACAUUACACGGGUAUUCAUUUAUAGAAGCUACUCAGAAGGAGAUGUCUUGUCGCCAGCAAGACAUCAAUUCACAGAGUAUACAUUACUGUGAGGAGCUCUUCCCUUUCACAUAGGAAAUCUGUCAAAUGGAGAGUAAAUGCCCAUUUGGUUAAUAACAACACCCACUCUCUCCCUGCAGUAAUUGUCUGAUGAAUGAGAGACCCUGUGUGUAGGGCCUGCCGCCCAAUACAGUGCGAUAAAGGCGCAAGGACUUCCCACCUGAAAUGUUCAAAAGAGAGUGUGAAAACUCAUAAAUCAGGGCAGUUAUUUAUAUCAGGAUAGAUUAUUCUUUUACAAAUGGAUUAUGAUUGAAUUAUUCUAAAUAGGAUGUUCCCUUUGUACAUUAGAGCAUUUGUUGAGGUUUAUGUAUUGGGAAUGGAAAAUUAAAAUAUUAGAUUCCUUGGCAACUGAAGCUGUAAUUGCAGAGUCAUAGACUCUUUAGCCAAAGAAAGAAUUUAAAAAUAAUCUAAACCAAUCCUCUCAUUUUGCAAUUAAAAACCCCUAUUUUUACAGUUUAACUUGCUUAAACUCACAAAGAACCAAAUCUUGUUUGACACUUUUUCAUAUUUUAUAAAGUACUUGUUGUAUAAAAAGACAUUUUAUAUUUUUACCUUCAUUUGUUCACCAUGAUAUAGUUAUUUGUGCUUCAGUUUUGCAGUAGAGGAAACCAAAGCUUUGAGAUGUUAACUUACCUGUCUACUGUUAAAAAGAGGAACUGAGGUAUGAAACUGAGUUUUUGCCUUCCCUGACCAAGACUCUGAAAAAAUAAGUCACCAUAUAUGUUACUAAAUUUCAAUGGAGGUCUUACUUAAUGUGUGACUCGCUUACACUCUUUCAUGAUGAGUCCUUGCCAUGUGGAAGGCACUCUGAAGAAUACAAAUAAGUAAGACUGUAAGAUGUAAUUCCUACUUCCACAAAGUAAAGCCCUCUGCAUAUAUGUUUACUGAUGUAAUGCACCUUGAGGUUAAUGGCUCAAUGUUCAAUAACUUUACCAACAGGAAUUUUCCCAGUAUUCCACAGAGCAUGAAUGGAUCAGGGCAUAUUUGUUUUCAGUCUGAUAGAGUUGGCUCUUUGAGUGCCACAGCCGACAGUGAUAGCCAAGCCUCAACCAAUGUUAACUAGACACAAGCUGCAGAAAAGGCAUGGUGUGAAGUUGAUGAAGAAACCAGUUGAUAUUCAAUAUUGUUCCUGCUUCAGGAGCAACUUAAAAAUAACGUGGUGGAACAGAGGACAUACCUCUAGGUAGAUGAUAGUUCAAAGGCAUUUGUGGCCAUUAUCAGAUGAGUAGUCUAGAAAAUAAUAAUUAGAACUCAUCAGGGGCAAAAAAGAAUCCUAUGGGCAGAGGAAGAUCCUCAGAGGAUGUAGGACGUGAGCCAAACUCUGAAAGAAUAAUGUAGAAGGAACCCAGAAUUCCAAGAUUCCAAUCUUACUUUCUAGUCACAACUCUGCCAGU